AUGGCCAAGUUCUCUCCCUCUGUCUGCUACAUAAAGAUCACUGCAGCUGAAGAUGAGUCCUAUGCCCAACCAACACCCCUCCUGUUGCCCCCAGACGUGCUGGUGCUGAGUUCGGUGGGGAUCAUACGGGAGGCGCUGGUCCGGCACUGUGGGGACUGGCUGGGGCGCCCCCCCAGUUACCUGGGGUCGCUGGUGUCGCAGAGGGGGCAGGACCUGGCACUGGGGGCCCCGUGUCCCGGCUGGCGGCAGCAGCGGGGAGCGGUGCGGGGGGCGCUGGCACGGGCUGGGGCACAGCUCGGGCCCCUCCUUUGGCUGCAGGGCCGGGAGCUGUGUGAGGAGCUGCAUUCCCAUGGGGGGGCCCCCCUGGACCCUUUUGAGGUGUUCACGUUCCACACCUGCAGCACCAUCGCACGCCUUCUCUUCGGGGACCUGGUGCCCCCCCCAGGGGAACUCCGGGCCUUCUCCUGCUGCCUGGGGGAGCUGCUGCAGGUUUGGGGGUACAGCAGUGUGCAGGCUCUUGACCUGCUGCCCCCACUACGGGCCCUACCCAACCCGGGGCUGCGGAAGCUGCUGCGGCUUGUCCAGCACCGUGAUGCCUUCGUGGAGGCCCAGAUCCGGCGGCACCAGGAGUGUCCCUCCCCCCCAUCGGACACCGUGUUGGGGGCGUUGCUGGGGCGUCAUCCCGGAGCGCAGGGGGCUCCCCUGAGCCCCCCCCGGCUGCACAUGGCACUGGUUGACCUGUUCAUUGGGGGCACCGAGACCACAGCAGCCGCGCUGGGCUGGGCCGUGGCCUUCCUGCUGCACCGCCCCGAGCUGCAGGUGCGGCUGCGGGAGGAGCUGGGGAGGGUGCAGGGUCCCCCCGGGCCGGGGGACGUGGGACGCCUGCCCCUCCUUCAGGCCACUGUCAGCGAGACCCUGCGGCUGCGGCCCCCUGCGCCCCUGGGGCUGCCCCACUGCGCCCUGCGCCACACCAGUCUUGGAGGGCUCCCCAUAGUGGCUGGCACCAUCCUGGUCCCCAACCUGCUGGCAGCCCAGCAGGACCCUGUCAUCUGGCAGCAACCUGAGGCCUUCCUGCCUGAGCGGUUCCUGUCCCCGGGUGCUCCCUGGCGGUCGUUGCUGCCGUUUGGCUGCGGGGCGCGAUCGUGCCCGGGAGAGGCGCUGGCGCGGGCCGAGCUCUUCGUGUUCCUGGGGAUGAUCCUGCGGGAAUUCCGGCUGGAGCCGGGCCCGGGGGGACUGCCUGGACUUGGGGGGUCUCCAGGCACCGUGCUGCGCUGCCCCCCCUUUCGUCUGCGCAUGGUGCCUUGCCAGACCCCGGGCUCACCAUAACCCUGGGCUGCGUGACUUCCUGAAUACUCUGUGAUCCACCCGGCUCUUUCUGACCCUUCCUGAACAUACCUGACCUAUAUGUG